UCACUCAGCGAGGGAGAAGGCUCCCUUUUGUUCGUUCCAUUCUAUUCCCACUGCACCCUACCGCAAGCUCUUCGAGUUUUCUACGAUCCUUUUACCCAGGAGGUAGGACAACGUGAGGGAAAUCGCCAGACAAAACAAGGAAAAGAGAUUGCAAUUUUGCUUUUGACUUCCAUUCCCCUCCCAUCCUUUGGACUGUCCAUGGCAGCACCGUAUGCGUUCGCCACCCUCUUGACGUCCGAUUUUUACCUUCCUGGUGCUCUUGCUCUCGCCGCAGCCCUCAAGGAUGUCCAUCCUACCCCUGCCAUUCCGCCCGAGGUGGAAUUUCAGACAGUCUGCCUAGUAACGCCAGAGACAGUUGAUGUCUCUACCAUCAAACUGUUACGCAAGGCAUACGAUGUUGUAAUUGGUGUUGAGGUGAUCGCGCAAGAGGACGAUAAAGGUCUCAAAUUGUUGGGUCGUCCUGACUUGAACACAGUCCUCACGAAGCUUCACGUUUUCCGCCUUACACAGUACUCAAAAAUUAUAUUCAUGGACGCAGAUGUCUUGCCCAUCUGGCCACUUUCGCAUUUGUUUUCGCUUCCACACGAGUUUUCUGCAGUGCCCGAUGUCGGAUGGCCCGAUAUAUUCAAUUCAGGUGUCAUGGUAUUGUCCCCCGGAGAAGACAAAUUCACUGAAUUAAACACUCUGUUCAAAUCGAAGGGGUCGUGGGAUGGCGGAGAUCAAGGUCUGCUGAACGAAUGGAGGGGAGGAGACUGGAAUCGGCUCAGCUUCACGUAUAACACCACUCCAACAGCUGCAUAUACGUAUGCUCCAGCUUAUGAACGUUUUGGGUCCCAGAUCAAAGCCAUCCACUUCAUCGGCCCUAACAAGCCUUGGAAUUUAAUUCCCCAUCGGCCACCAUUCUCAGGCAAAGCAGAUUCUUCCCCAGUAACGGAAUUUUCCCAAGCUUACGACUAUACGUCUCUGUUGGAUCGCUGGUUCUAUGUUUAUGACACAUACUAUCGGUCACAGAGCAUUGUCCCUGAGGCAGAGUUCGAAGUCAAGCGGUAUACUUCCGCAUGGGACGAGCAGUCUGGUGCGGAAGCCGAGGCUGUAUCCGUUGUCAGCUCUAUAGUGCCGACCAGUGCACUGGGUUUGGAGGAUCUGAAGCGGCUUGCUUUGGAAGGUAUGAGUGUAGUCCCAUCUGACAAUCGGUCUGGAGAAGGCGAUUACAAAAGCAUGCCGUUGGAAGGACGCGUUGACUUGAUGCGCCCUCGACCAGAGCCCCAAGAAGCGCAACGCGAAGCUACAAUCAUUACUCGUGAACCGCAAGCAAAAGUUGUACCUUCGACGUCUGUACAAUCCGAUGACUUCCCAACGUAUCGUCCACCCCCACCAGCACCAAGCAACAUUCCCCCAAGCUCCCAUCCCCAGUCCAUACCUUUGCAGCCAAUUUUUUCGAUCCCGCCACCGCAGCUGCAAGCUGAUGAUAUGUAUCACGAGCCUUCCCAUCCACCAGGCAACCUGCAAGCUGAUAUUGUGUAUCAUGAGCCUACUCAUCCACUUGACGACCUGCAAUCCGAUAUUACGUAUCAUGAGCCUCCUCGUCCACUGGACCAACACGAGCAACUAAAGGGUCAGGAGCAGUCUCGUCUUGAGGUACCCUCUUAUCCUGCAGAAGCUCCAAAGAAGCAAACUCAGCGGCUAGAGCAACGUCCACCCCCUAGACCCGUUUCUCCGCCUAAAGUUGCUUGGAAUCCUGCCAUCGAACCUCCUCCAACUACAGCACCUGCAUCUUCUGUUUUCCCGUCGGACACGUACUUCCCAAACGUCUGGGAUCAGCGUCCUAGUAAAUUACAUGAUCAAGCACGUCAGUAUCGCGCUCCACAUCAGCAACCAUCUUCACCCACUCCAGACUCUGGUGCAUUCUUUCAACCCCCGCCUACGCCUGAAAUACCAGAGUCUCUACGCAAACAAGGACACUACCGCCAAGUUACUGGAGACGAUCACCUUGGACUAUCACCCAGUCCCGAUCGUUCCAAAGUUAAGCCUGUCUUCCCAUGGGAGGAGCAGCCGCGUCACAUGCCUGGACGCGUAUUUCCUGCUUCAGAUGCACCCUCGCCAUCGCAGUUCUUGAGUCCGGUAUCGGAGGAACCCUUGCCUCUUGCAGCGCCAUUUUCGCCUCCCUUUUCGUCUCGGUCGCAGACACUUUCACCUUUACAAGGCUUACCCGCGUCACUGACAUAUGCAAAUGCAUGGGAUACUGUACCCAGUAUACAAAAGUAUGCGUCAAGAUUAGUACGAUCACCUGUGUUGCCCUUAGCACCCGCCUUUGAAAGUGACGACUGGCGUCGACGUGGAGGACGUAGUUGGGAUGAUCGUACUGAAGCUAGCAGCCGAGAUGGAGACGAUGAGGAUAACGCUGAUGACGAUGAUGAAGCGCCAGCUCAAAGUCUUUGGGCAGAAGAUAGCGACAACGAAACUCAUACCUCCAAAGCUCGAUCGCGGGGAUCUUCCGUCUCCUCAGGCUACGUCAGUAAGGCUAAAAAGAAAGAGUACCGAGUACGUGGCGUUCAAACAAUAUCUCCUGAAAUGCGGAGUCAAGGCGUUCAAGUUGAUACGAUUUCGCAGUCUCCCUCCCGUUCGACUGAUAAACUUGGUAGUACCCGAAAACAGUGGGCACCGUUAAGCGUGGCUACUCCGUCAGCGCCUGUUGUCGUUAGCCAAGUCAGCGGAGGUCCUGAACUGUCGAUGACGACAACGUACCCCUCUCCAGCCGGGGGCAUGCGCUCGCCACGAGAGUAUGCGUUUCCUGAUACACCAGGCACCGCUCGUGCAGGCAAAGAGGCUUCCGCUAUCUCUCCUCCUCCGAGACAGGCUGAAACAGGAAGCCCCAGCAUUGCACGCCAGCUCUCACAUGAUGGGUCUUCACUAGCAUCUCCACCAUCUUCGGUAGGCCCGCUAUCCCCUCCGGACAGUCAGCCCUUUUCUGUUACCUCUCCCCGCAAACCCGGCCGCGUGUUCGAUCCCGCUCGCGGCGUAGAGGUGUUCAAGCGCGGCUCUGAAGAAGUAUUAGCGCGUUUCCUGAAGAUGAGCUCUUGGGAGGAGUAGGAGCAGGCUGUAUCAGUCGUCUAACAUGAUGUGGUUUCAUUUUCUCAAACUUCUCUCUUUUAAGACUGCUUUCGAUGAUCAUAUAUUUUUCGUUUGAUGCUGCCAAAAGUUUCAUAUGAACAUUUCUGGUUUCUCUUUAUCCGGUUCCUACGUAUACACCUAUCAGGACUCAUUAUACCUCACACAUUGAAUUGUUCUCGGCUGUAGCAUGUACUUAAAAUGCAGGGAUACCCACUGCUGUCCACUU